GCGUGGCUGAGUAGCACCAGAAGGCAAGCAGGUCUUCACUGCCAGCGGGUAUGAAACACCUGCUGAUGACCGCGGAGCGGCAUUCUAUAGAGCAUCGGCACGCAGGCAUCGCCAUGGACGGCGCCGGCGGCAGCGACGCCAAGCAGAAAGCGGCCCACCACCACCAACAACAUCAGCAGCAGCAGCAGCAGCAGCAGCAGCAGCAGCGCGCCUCUGGGCAGCAGGCGUCCGUCAUCACCUCAGCUGCACCAGGCUCGAGGAGGGAGCUCCAACAGCCGUCCCCGCAGCCGCGGCAGCAGGUGAUGCGCACCAUCACGACGUCGGGCCUGAUCGCGGUGGGCCCCGUGCCCGACGAGGCGUCUCCCGCCGCCAGCCCGCAGCACCAGGCGCAGGCCGUCAACGGCCGCAGCCCCGCGACGCACAGCCCGCCCGCCUCCAUCAAGCGGUCGCCCGACCACCACCCACCCCCGCAGCAGCAGCAGCAGCAGCAGCACGCCGCCUACGCCGCCCACAGCCGCUUCUCCUCGCCGCAACACCAGUACUCGCCGCAACAGCCUCCCUGUGUGACGAACGCAGAGCCCCCUGCACAGGUGGCGUACUCGCCGGCGAGCGUGGCGGUGUCGUCGCCGUACCAGCACCAGCAGCAGGCGGCGACGCCCACGGACCAGUCGGCGGCGGAGGACGCGGGGGCCAGCCCCCCGCAGCUGCUGGAGGCGGCCGGCGGACACCGCUACUCGGCGCGGCCGCCGCAGCAGGCCCAGCACGAGGUGCUGGCGACGCGCUACGCCCACCACGACGACUACCACGGCCAGGCCACCUCCAUCACGCCACCGCCGCCGCUCGAACAUAUACACCAGCCGCACCACCAGAUCACCUACGAAGACCACCAGGUGGUGGAGACGACGGAGCUGCUGCAGCUGAAGACGGCGCCGCUGUCGCCGACAGACGGGGGCGGCGGCGGGGGCGACGGCACCUACGCCACCCUGCAGACCGUGCAGCUGGGCACACACCCCGGCACCUACCAGGUGACGUUCGCCACCGACCCGUACCCGCCGCCGGCGAGCUCGUCCUCGUCCACGUACCACUACCACCAGCAGGUGACGUCGCAGGCGCACUCGCAGUCGCACCAGGUGGUGCACCGCGCGUCUCCGCUGUACCAGCCGGCGGGCAAGGUGAUGGGCGUGGUGGGCGGCGAGACCAUCUUCCUCAAGUCGGACCCGACGCUGAGCUCGUCGUCGUCGGUGGUGAUCAAGAGCUCUCCGUCGCCGCCGGGCGCGGCGCCGCCGGCCAUGAUCUACGGCUACGAGCCGGCGGGCCCGCCGCCGCAGCCCAGCUCUCCAUACCCUCCUCCAGCAAGGAGCCCGCCACCUUCCUCUGGACCACCGCCGGCGACUACAUGA